CUCCAUCCUGCCGCCGCCACCACAUGCCGGGUAUCGUUCCUGUCUGGCGAUACCGGCCCUGCCACCGCGACUUGCUCCCCGGCGUCGGGGACUAUGAUGUUUUGCGCGGCCAGUGACACUGACAACCUUCUCAGCUGCAGGGCGGACCGAAGCGUUUGACGAGCCCCAAAAUAUCCACAGCGCGUCAUCGGACGACGCUCCCACAGCCUGCAACCAUGAGGCAAAAUGCCCGAACCCACCCGCUGAUGGCCUUCCGCCCAGCCAUCCUCGGGCUUUCCAGGGCCGUCUUCACCCUCGGCGUCGCCUCUGCCGCACCCAUCAGCAUCCUGGACGAGCUGCACGACGGCAACGAGGAGGAGGGCGGCGAGUUCUGGGUCCUAUUCACCAUCUCCAUCUUCCUCGUCCUGCUCGGCGGUGCCUUUGCCGGCUUGACCAUCGCCCUCAUGGGCCAGGACAGCGUCUACCUCCAGGUUAUCUCCCAGGACCCCACAGAGCCCCAGCAGAAGAACGCCGGCCGCGUCCUGCGCCUGCUCGAGAAGGGAAAGCAUUGGGUCCUCGUGACCCUGCUGCUCAGCAAUGUCAUUGUCAACGAGACCCUGCCUGUUGUUCUGGACCGGUGUCUUGGCGGAGGGGUGGCUGCCGUCGUCGGUUCUACCGUGUUGAUCGUCAUCUUCGGAGAGGUCGUCCCUCAGUCCAUCUGUGUCCGUUACGGUCUUGCCAUCGGUGGCUACAUGUCCAAGCCUGUCCUCCUCAUGAUGUACCUGAUGGCCCCGGUUGCCUGGCCCACGGCGAAGCUCCUGGACUGGGUCCUGGGCGAAGACCACGGCACCGUUUACAAGAAGAGCGGGCUCAAGACACUCGUCACUCUGCAUCACACCAUGGGCCCAGCAGCGCAGCGCCUCAACGAGGAUGAGAUCACCAUCAUCGGCGCGGUCCUCGAGCUCAAGGAGAAGCCCGUGCAUGACGUGAUGACCCCAAUGGAGGACGUCUUCGUCAUGUCCGAGGAUACCGUCCUGGACGAGGAGAAGAUCGACAUGAUCCUGUCUGCUGGCUACUCCCGUAUUCCCAUUCACGAGUCGGGAAACCGGACCAAUUUCAUCGGAAUGCUCCUGGUCAAGAUUCUCAUCACCUACGACCCUGAAGACUGCAAGAAGGUCAGGGAAUUCCCCCUGGCCACUCUCCCCGAGACCCGUCCUGAGACCAGCUGCCUGGACAUUAUCAACUUCUUCCAGGAGGGCAAGUCACACAUGGUCCUAGUUUCCGAUGCCCCAGGCGACGAUCACGGUGCCCUUGGCGUGGUCACCCUGGAGGACGUUAUCGAGGAGUUGAUCGGAGAGGAGAUCAUUGACGAGUCCGACGUGUACAUCGAUGUCCACAAGGCCAUUCGACGCAUGGCGCCGGCACCCAAGGCCCGGUAUCAAAGACGGCUGUCCCACGGCCACGCGGGAGCAGAUGGAAACGACAGCAAAUCUAGUGAGGACACAAAGGUCGGCGAGGAGGACCCCGCAGACAACUACGAAACCCGGAAGAGGAGAUACAACUCGGCGACCGAGACGGGCGAGGCCCCAGACCGGUCUAGCAGCGGUAGCCCCAUGCCAGGCACAUUCCUGUUGCGACGCGCCUCGGCCGGAAUCGACGGCAGGAUGGAGAAUGUUCCGGUGAGGGCAAGCUACAAUGACAUAAAGCAGCAUCUGAAGCACCUCGGCCCGUCCAACCCAGCCUCCAACCCCAAGGCUACCAAGUCCACCACCGUCAAGAUCAAGCCCGGCGUUGUUGUCCACGAUGCACCGAGAUCGACCCCGCCAGUGGCCGAGCAGGUCAUACGGGAGGAACCGCGGGUGGAGAACGACGACGAGGACAACGACGAAACGACGUCCCUGCUGCGACCAGUACUCACCCCCAAGGAUGGUGCACAAGCCCUGGCACAGAAGUAUGGCGCGACCGGACAGUCGCCUCUAUCCCGAAGUGUUGAGAACAACUCGGCUGUCAAGCCAGGCUCGGAUGAUACAGCGACCAAGGGAGUCCAAACCACUGAAACGGCACCAGCGCACAGCUAUGCAGCAGUAACCGCCCAGCCCCCGCAGCCGCAGCCGCAGCCGCAGCCGCAGCCGCAACAAGAGCUGCAUUCAAAGAGCUCCGGCUCCGGCAGCGAGCUGGCCCCGGCAGACCAGACAAGCCCAUACUCACACCGGAGUAACCUUUUUGCCCGUAGCGGUAGUAUCACGGAAAAUAUUGUGGAGUCUAGAGGCAUCCGCAAGGUUGUGCUGGAGACAACCAGCAGCAACGAGGAUGAGGAGGAGCAAGGCGGGUCGGAGCGGAACGCUAAGAGUGCCAGCCGGACCAACCUGAACCUUGAGUCGCACGCGUCGCCCUCGACGGAGGGCGAUGAGAACGCAAGCGGCCCAAACAGCCCGGCGGUGACGGAUGCCGCUCAGGCUGAGUCUUCGAACACGACGGCGCAGGCCAGCGGCAACGGCAACGGCGGCGGCGGCGGCAACAAGAAAAAGAACAACCGCAGGAAGAAGAGAAAGGGCGGCAAGUAGGGCAGCUGGCUCUGGAGCUCGCCUCGGUAUGCAGAGAGCAUAGGGUGAGGAUUAUAGGAAACAUGAUCAUUCGACAGGGGGAGCAGAGCACCGACUACAUACCCUUUCGCAUGGGAUUGGUGGCGCAGAAACGAACGCAAAGUGAUUUCCAGCAUUGGCAAGAUGGAUUACUGCGGACUUGUAGGUGUUUUAGCAAAGAUAUCGUGUAUCACUAUUAGGAUGGUCUUUUCUCUUUUUUGGAGCAUCGGAAUUGACAUUUACGCUGUCUGAUAC